AAACCUGGCGUGACGGAUCGCCCCGGGCGGGGCUCUGCGCGCCCCGAGGUGGACCUCGCCAGCCGGAGGCCGGAGAGUGAAGUACAGAACGGUAGGAAGCUGCAGCCCUGCGAGUGGGCGGGGCGAGGAGGCCUGGGAUUCGAAAGGAGGUGGAAGGAUACAAGAGUCACCGUCGGAACUACUUUCAGGAGGGGGUCACGUGUGCGCCUAGUUGGGGAACUUUCCAAAUUCCCACUACCCUAUCUCAGUUGCAGCGGCAAGUGCUUCGCUUUCUUUGCUUAGGACACUCCCGCCCGGUAAAGGCAGUGGGACCCCAGUCCCCCACGGGACACAGCGGGAAAGGGGACACAGGCGAGCUUCCCGCAGAAGCGCUGUGUGGCUAGCGCUGGGAAGCUGGUUACACAAGCACCACAUCCAAGCACGUGCCCCCGCCUCCCUGCUCGCUGGCCGCCGCCUUUCCUCGCAGACCGCAAGGGGAGAGUCACCAGGCUGUCACUACUCGCUUGUCAUCCACUGAGCAAGCCCAAGGACCGAUACCUGAAACUCCUCGCCCUUGAUCCGCCAACACUGUGUUCCCAACCGUGGGAGAAGGGGCUGGACCCUGGGGGGUCUGACGCAUCUCCUAGCUGAUUAACGAGAACCCUUCUGGUUCUGUUCUGGAGCAAAAAGAUGUCUCUGUGGCCCGCUACUUGGGUUUGCUGAGUUGCAGCAAAACUCCAGUCACUACCCCUGAACUGGUGAGCGCGCCCCACCUACUGUAAAGUCAGCCAAGUGGCUUUUCUGGUCGGAGAACCUAGUCAAAGGCCAUCAGCCUGGAACGAACCUGUCAAGUCGGCUUACAACCCAGAUUGCUUGACCUAUCACCAAAAGAGCUAGUUCAGAAACGCUGAAAACUGGAACCCAUCUCCCCUCCCCCAUCAACCAGUAUCCACCUUCUGCCUGGGGAGAAUUGGCAUCAAUCAACACCAAUUUAGGAAUUUUUUCUUUUUUAAUUCUUUCCCUGGGGAAGUAGAAAUCAAAACGAUUUUAAUCCAUAAGUUUCUGCCUUGCGACUUAGGCAGUGGGUCAUUUUAGAAAUUUGGGGAAAUAGGAAUGGAUUAGCACGUGUGUUGUAAUAAUUGUGAGUAGGUUCCUAGGAAGGCCUAAAGAGGAUUUAUGAAAUGUAUGAGAAAGAAGAUCGCAUGUGUGUACAUCAUAGUUGCAGGCAGUCCCCAAAGCCUAAAAACCUCAAGAGGCCUACCUCAGAAAGCCACAAGCCAUUACCUAACUCCAAGACUACUAAUUAGACCAGGGAUAUUUACAGUGUUCUUAGAGAUCUCUGAGGCUACUUAAACCUGGCAUUUAUAUAAAGCAUCUUUUUAAGAUAUCUCUGCAGGAGUUAGCAACCUGCUGAAGCUUCAAUGUUGAUAUUUAUUGGAGGCUGCUUUUGUGCAUGGUUCUGGUCCCCUUGAAGGAGGCAGGGACCUUAGGUGCAAAAGGAAAUGGAGAGCAUGCUGGAAACAGUAGAAGAAAGGCCUCCAUUUGGUUUCUAAGUAUGCAAAUCCUGUCAACACAGGCUAGUGUGAGUUAGAGAUUUCUUUAUUUUACAAAUUACCAAGGAUAAGGAGUCCUGGUGUCUAGGUGUUCUACUAGACUACAGGGUAAAGACCUGUGCUGUGCUCAGUUAUCUACUGCUGCUUGAUGGGGAAAGGGGAAAUGAAGAUAAGGCAGUUAGAUCAAGGGAAGUAGAUCGGGGAGGGUAAAAUGUCCCAUAUUUGUGUUUCUCAGGUUGUGAUCUGUCCCCAGAGUCCUUGUUACUUACUAGUCCCGCACUAUUCUGCCCCUCCCCGGGAGCCUACCCCGUGUGACAAUCACUCUCACAGCAUCUGAGCAGCUCUUGAAUCUGCCUCCCUGGAAGAAAAUGAAACGAGGUGCAUUCCUGUCUUGCUAGCUAUUAGCUUUAAGAGAGAGGAUUCUCUUCAGUUCCCAUGGCACAGUUAUUCCGGAGCAGAGAGGAUGUGCAUCACCGCCCUCAAGCACUGGAAUAUGAGACGAGGAAGAAAACGGGAAAUGGGUUUUGCUGCUUUUUAACAUCAGGUCCUUCUACUUCUCUCUAGCGGUGAAUGAAAGGAUCAUCUACACAGCAACAUCAGGUGGAUGUUGGGAGUUGCUGAACAAAAAUCUGCUCCCUUUCUAGCAGUGUUGUGUGUUCCUGAUGUAGCCUUUUUUUUUUUUUUUACUUUUUCCUUCUACUCAAGGGAUGUCCUUACCCAUGUGGUAAACCUGAAACCUAUAAAUGGCCUGGCCCUAUGUACAGAAAAAAAAUUUUAAUAAUUUAUUUUAAGUUAAAACGUAUUAUUGGCUGUACAGAUAUUACAAUACACUGGUUUCCAAGCACUUCAUUUUAUUACCUGUCUGGAUUCAGCAUGCUCUAGGGAGAAACAGAAGCUUGUAACAAAGGGAGAAUUAUAUAAAGCUUCAAGGAGACUAACUAUAUAAAAUAAUUAGAGCAUGAUAAACCAGCUUUAAUUAUAAUUUCUAAUGACUGAUUCCAAAACUGUAUUGUUACUAUACCCAGAGAAUGCCUAGGGAAAAUUUCUUUUCUCAUUUCUUUGAUAAGUGAAAAGACCAGCAACUUGAUGUGGGUGAUAUAAAUAGUUGAUGUGCUCUUUGUAGGUUUGCUAAAAUGUCUUUUGUGUGAUUAUUUUGUCGCUAUAGUG